AUGCUGAGAAACUGGAAGUGCAUGUCCCUGUGGUUCCAAGACGUCGAAGUGACACUCGAAGGCUUGGACAGGAGUGCGGCAGGGUCACUAGAAGCCAUCACAAAGACCAGCGUCACGAUCACAGAGCGAACACUUCGCAACGCCUUCCCUCGCUUGGUCAGCAAGGAUGGCGCACACUUCGAGCUCGCCCAGCAGCUUCUAGGGCGACGCAUCGUCAUGCGCGGCCUGACACACUUUGAGUGGGAUAGUGGGCGUCGCUGCUUCACCAGUGUCAUGACUCACUCGGAUCUGCUAGCUCCAAUGUUGCAUCUAUUGGGCAACGUGGAGGACGUGGCGCAAGUAUUCGAGAGGUCUACAAUCACUCCGGACUUCCAGUGGAGGUCAAUGGUAUAA